AUGAGGUAUUAUUUAACUACGUUGUUAAUUUGCACUGUUACACAUCUACUUACGAGUUCUGAUGCCAUAUUUAAUAAUAAUGAUUCUGAAUCAAUAUGGUCUACUGGCAAGGGCAAUGCUCAAAACACUUAUCGCAUUGUACCAUCCAUGGCUACUAAUUAUUCGAAAAUUCCGUGGACUUAUGAAUAUAAUGCAACGUCACAGGAUCUCACUCAGUUUGGCCGAGGUGUUGGUAUUAACGCUAACUUUAUGGUGUGUCUUACAUCAAAUGGCAUUGUUCGUUGGACACUCUCUUUCGAGCCUGUAGAAACUAUGGAACCUGCUGGUGUUUCCAAUAUUAUUUCUGAUCGACAAGGAGUGCUCUUUUAUACCAUAUCCUGGGCGGGAGAUAGAAAAUUUACAGCAAAACUCUGUCAAAUUACAAAUGCUCAAACGUCACAACCUGUUCAACAGUGUAUAGAAAAUUAUCAACUGUUUAUGUCCACCAAUGCACCACUGGCUUUGAAUGAAAAAUAUGAUCUUCUAGUGACAGCGGUCGAGGAUAACAAAAUUGAUUCGAUUCCAGCUGUUUUGGAUAAAAAGACGCUAAAGUUGCUAUGGACGAAUAGACGCUUCUUUGGUGCGGGCAGAAAUGGGCAGUAUCGAUGUGAUACGAGUACUGGCGAUAUAUUCUGGAUUGGCGGAGAUACUCGCCUGUUAAAAUUUGAUCACAGUGGAAAGAAUUUAAUAAACAAUUAUACAGAUGCAUAUUUGUCUGGUAUAGACUUCGUUUUAGAUAAGCAGCGUCAAAUAAUUGUGCAGCCCUGGCAAAAUGCAUCUAGUUUGCCGUGGAAACUUGUCGUUUCAUCGUAUGAUGUGUCUGCACAACAAAUUAAAUUACGUUGGAGCUGGUGUCCACCAUCAUCAAUUGGUAAUAAUGAUGGUAUAACAUCUCCAGCUAUCGACGAGCAAGGUACGGCUUAUAUGUCAAGUAUGCCUCUUGCAUUUGCUAUUGACAGUCAAGGAAAAACUGUAUGGACAACUCAAUUAGCCACAUCAAGCGAAAUGAAAACAUUUGAAUUAUAUUCCACUUGUGUUGCAAUGAAUUCAAAACGACGCGUCCUCUAUAUUGUGUCCGUUUCUCAAUCUCGUCAGGGGUCAAAGUCCCUGUGUUUCAUCACUGCGGUUAGCAUGGACACUGGAAAGGUGAUUGAACGUAUUAAUUUGAAUUUAACAACCAAUGAGCAAAUCAUACCGCAAUGCCCAAUUUUAGUUGGCGAUGAAAUGCUCUAUUUCUCCUGGCUGACAGGAGAGUAUCCAGAAUUGGUACCACUUAAAGUAAUGGGCAUUCAGCAAGUUUAG